UAUAUGUAUACUUGUCAUUGCACCGCAAGGCUACUCUGUGCGCAUGCGCACUAAGCCUCUAAAUGAAAGCGAAAGAAUAGUUCGACAGCGGACUACAGGCUAUAACACCACCGUAAGUAAACUACAGAGAAAGAGAUCAGAAUCACCAACACACAGCUGUAUCUCCAUGAUGGGUGACAUGGCUAUGGAGCAUCCUCUGGGGUUUAAAGAUGGAGACUCAUCACUUCUACACAGUAAACACAAGAGAAAGAGAUCAGAAUCACCAACACACAGCUGUAUCUCCAUGAAGAGUGAUGCGUCUAUGAAUCCUCCUCUGAGGUUUAAAGAUGGAGCAUCAUCACUUCUACAAAGAGAAAAAUUCCAGAGAAAGAGAUCAGAAUCACCAACACACAGCUAUAUCUCCAUGAAGAGUGAUGCGUCUAUGGAUGUUCCUGUGAGGUUUAAAGAUGGAGACUCAUCACUUCUACAAAGUAAACCCCAGAGAAAGAGAUCAGAAUCACCAACACACAGCUGUAUCUCCAUGAAGAGUGAUGCAUCUAUGGAUGUUCCUGUGAGGUUUAAAGCUGGAGUCUCAUCACUUCUACAAAGUAAACUCCAGGGAAAGAGAUCAGAAUCACCAACACACAGUUGUAGCUCCAUGAAGAGUCAUGAGCCUAUGGAUCAUCAUCUGGAGGUUAAAGCUGUAGACUCCUCACUUCUACACAGGUACGACCCAGAAUCUGCUGGUGGAAAUGAAUUCCAGAAAAAGUUCAAAUUAAAUCUGAUGAAGAAGUUUCAGUGUUUGAAUGGAGUGAUAAUAAACCUGGGAACCCAAACACUCCUGAAUGAGAUCUACACAGAGCUCUACAUCACAGAGGGAGACAGUGGACAAGUCAAUAAUGAACAUGAGGUGAGACAGAUGGAGGCAGCAUCCAGGAGAAGAACAACAGAGGAAACACCAAUCAAAUGCAAUGACAUCUUUAAGCCUUUAUCUGAACAAGACAAACCCAUCAGAACUGUGCUGACAAAUACAUCAUCUAAACAAGACAAACCCAUCAGAACUGUGCUGACAAAGGGAGUCGCUGGCAUCGGAAAAACCGUCUCUGUGCAGAAGUUCAUUGUGGACUGGGCUGAAGGGAAAGUAAAUCAGGACGUCCACCUCAUAUUUCCACUUCCUUUCAGAGAGCUGAACUUGAUGAAGGACCAGAAAAUGAGCCUGAUGGAGCUCCUUCAUGUCUUUUUUAAGGAAACAAAAGAAACAGAAAUGUCCAGUUUGGAAAAGGUUCUGUUCAUUUUUGACGGAUUGGACGAGUGUCGUUUUCCUCUAGAUUUCCAGAACACAGUGAGAGUGUGUGAUGUAACUGAACCAGCAUCAGUGCCUGUGCUGCUGAUAAACCUGAUCAAAGGGAAUCUGCUUCCCUCUGCUCUCAUCUGGAUCACCUCCAGACCUGCAGCAGCUGAUCAAAUCCCCUCUGAGUGUGUGGAUCGAGUCACAGAGGUACGAGGGUUCAAUGACCCACAGAAGGAGGAGUACUUCAGGAAGAGGAUCAGUGAUCAGAGCCUGGCCAAUAACAUCAUCACACACCUGAAGUCAUUAAGAAGCCUCUACAUCAUGUGUCACAUCCCAGUCUUCUGCUGGAUUACAGCCACUGUUCUAGAGAGAAUGUUGGGUGAAGCAGAGAGUGGAGAGAUCCCCAAGACUCUGACUCAAAUGUACACACACUUCCUCAUCAUUCAGACAAACAUCAUCAGAGAAAAAUACUCAAAGAAGCAGGAGAGUGAUGAAGAAAUGCUUCUUAAACUGGGACAACUGGCUUUUCAGCAGCUGGAGAAAGGGAACCUGAUCUUCUAUGAUGAAGACCUGAGAGAGUGUGGUAUUGAUGUGACAGAAGCAGCAGUGUACUCAGGUGUGUGUACUCAGAUCUUCAGAGAGGAGUUUGGGCUUCACCACAGUAAAGUGUACUGCUUUGUUCAUCUGAGCAUUCAGGAGCAUCUCGCAGCUCUGUAUGUGCACCUGACCUUCAUGAAGGAGAAGAGAAAUGUUCUGAUACAGAAUCAGGGUUAUAACAGGUGGAUGAAAGAAAAUACAAUCUCAGGUGUACACAACAGUGCUGUAGAUCAGACUUUACACAGUCAGACUGGACAUCUGGAUCUUUUCCUUCGCUUUCUUCUGGGUCUCUCACUGGAGUCCAAUCAGAAACUCUUACAUGUUUUAGUAACACAGACAGGAAGUAACCCUCAGAGCACACAGGAAACAGUUCAGUACAUUAAGGAGCAGAUCAGUGAAGAUCUUCCUACAGAGAAAUCCAUCAAUCUGUUCCACUGUCUGAAUGAACUGGGUGAUGAUUCUCUAGUGGAGGAAAUCCAACACUACCUGAAAUCUGGAAAACAAAGUGAACUUUCUUCUUCCCAGCUUUCUGCUCUGGUGUUUGUGUUACUGACAUCAGCACAGGAGCUGGAUGAGUUUGACCAGAGUAAAUAUUUCAGUACAGAUAAGAUAACAGAAGAUGUUGUUCUGAAGAUGAUGCCUGUGAUUACAGCAUCCAGUAAAGCAAUUAUCAGCUGUGAUUCACUUGAAGAGGAAAGUUGGUCACCUCUGGUCUCAGCGCUCAGAUCAGAAACCUCCAAACUGAGAGAACUUCAUCUGACUGUGAAAACACUGGAUCUGUCUGAGUAUAAUCUAGAAGACUCAGAAGUGAAGAUUCUCUGUGCUGGACUGGAGAAUCCUCACUGUAAAGUGGAGACACUGGAUUUGUGUGAUUGCGAUGUCUCAGAUGAAGGCUGUGCUGCUCUGACUUCAGCUCUGAGAUCAAACCCCUCACACCUGAGACACCUGGAUCUGUCCUGUAAUAAUCUAGGAGACUCAGGAGUGAAGAUUCUCUCUGCUGUACUGGAGAAUCCUCACUGUAAACUGGAGACACUGAGGUUGUGUGAGUGUGAUGUCUCAGAUGAAGGCUGUGCUGCUCUGACUUCAGCUCUGAGAUCAAACCCCUCACACCUGAGACACCUGGAUCUGUCCUGUAAUAAUCUAGGAGACUCAGGAGUGAAGAGUCUCUCUGCUGUACUGGAGAAUCCUCACUGUAAACUGGAGACACUGGAGUAA